GAAUUUAGGUACUAGAUUUAGAAAACCGCACGCCAUAAAAUGGCAGAUCGCCAAAAAAUUGUUCAGACUUCGAUUUUAUGAUGUACAAUUGUAAAAAACUUCAAGAGGGUUUGUGGUUUGGCAUUGAAUUUGAGAAUGAAAGCUCUAGUGAUGAUAAAGGAAGUAUGAAAGUAAUAAUUUUUUUUCAACUUACGAUUUAUUCCAGCUGCCUACACUAAAUCUGGUCAAUGACACCACAGUUUGUGUUUGAGCUGCCUCACUUUUUUAGGCAUCAACUCCGGUUAUAUACCCAAGAUCACUCAGAAUUGUGAAGUGUGGUUUACAUCUUGGUGACAAUAAGCGUUAGUAACAAUUACUAACAUGGGGAUCAUGUUCAUGAGAUCCACAGUUUGUUCUUUAUCAUAAAAUCAUCUAUAAAAGACUCAUGAUCUCUCCAAAGGUUCGACUAAAGACAUAUUAACUUCAAGCACAAUUACCAUCAUGUCUUCAACUGAAACACAAACACAAGCCGAGAAGUUAGUUAAGGAACUAAACAACCAAACUGAAAACUUAUCCAUCGAAAUUGAUGUUUCCAAAAGAGUCAAAGGUGGAUUCAAUGCAAGUCAUGUUGAUGCCUUACCAAAACUUGCUAGGGAAUAUCUAGAAAGACAUGGUGUUGAUUUAUCAAAUGGAUAUCCUGAAAAACCACAAUCAGAACAAAUCCCAUUAUAUGUUGACGAUGCCUUAAAAAUUAGAAAUACUCCUCAAGAAUACAUCCCAAGAGGUAAAAAUGCUGAUCGUGAGAAAAAAGCAUUAUUCAGCAAAGUUAAAGAAGUCAAACAUUUAACUAAAUACAUUGGUACUGAACUAGUUGGUGUUCAACUUGCUGAUUUGAAUGAACAGGAAUUAGAUGAAUUAGCUCUGUUAAUCGCUGAAAGAGUUGUUGUGUUUUUCAGAGAUCAAGAUUUAGCACCAGCUAGACAAUUAGAAAUUGGUCAAUUUUUUGGUAACCCAGAGAUUCAUCCAAAUAACUUUAGAGUGCCAGGAUUACCAGGAACCACUGUUAUUUGGACCCAAUUGUUCAAGCGUAAUGGCCACAAGACUUCUUUCAAGAAUGCUAGAUCAGCCACAGGUAUUUGGCACUCAGAUUUACCUCAUGAACUUCAACCACCUGGUCCAACCAUUUUAGCUCAAAAUUCAUUACCUUCAGUUGGUGGUGAUACUGCUUGGUCUUCAGGUUAUGCUGCUUAUGAUAAAUUAUCACCAGCUUUCCAAAAAUUUCUUGAAGGUAAAUAUGCUGUUCAAAGAUCAAUGCAUACUUAUUUAGAUAGAAAUGAUCCUCUAAAUGGUGGUAAACAAAUAACUAGAGAACAACCAAUUGUUAGAACACAUCCAGUUACAGGUUGGAAAUCAUUGUACGUUAAUCGUGAUUGGACUGUCAGUAUUGUUGGAUUAGAACCUGAGGAAUCAAGAACUAUUUUGAACUACCUUUUUGAUGUCUAUGAAAAGAAUUUGGAUAUUCAAGUCAGAUUUAGAUGGCAACCAACUACACCUGGUACUAGUACUGUUGCAAUCUGGGACAAUAGAGUGAGUCAACAUACCGCUGUUUGGGAUUAUGAUGUUGAAGAAGAUAGACACGGUGUUCGUGUUAGUGCACUGGCUGAAGUUCCAUUUUUUGACCCUGAAUCAAAAUCACAAAGGGAAGCACUCGGCUUGGAUAAUUAGCCUUGUUACUCUUUAUGGCCAUAUGAUUUUAAUUCUGUUAGGUGUUGACACCAGUUUUAUAUGUGUUUCAAUUCUUUCGCGUCCUUGUUUAACACCCGUUUCGUAGAAACACUAAAUG